AUCAAUCCAGAAUUUACCCCGAUCCUUCUCUUCUGCUUCGAAGUCCCAAACUCCCGCAGAAAGAGGGGGAAAAACCUUGAAAAUUUUUUUCCCUUCAAAAACUCCAAAUCAAAUCGUGAAACCCUAAUUCCCAAAUCCCACUCCCUUGAUGCCAAUCCCCCAUGCCUCCAAAGCAGCAAUCUAAGGCCGACGUCGCCAAGAAGCAGAAGAUCGUCGAAGACAAAACCUUCGGCCUCAAGAACAAGAAUAAAUCGAAAAAUGUCCAAAAAUACGUCCAAAGUCUGCAUCAAUCCGUUCAUCCCAAGCCCGAUUCUUCUAAAAUUGCUGCAAAGAAGAAGAAGGAAGAAGAGAAGGCUAAAGAGAAGGAGCUGAAUGAUUUGUUUAAGGUCGCCGUUAGUCAGCCUAAAGUCCCAGUUGGUGUUGAUCCGAAAUCAAUACUUUGUGAGUUUUAUAAGGCGGGGCAGUGCGCCAAGGGUUUCAAGUGCAAGUUUUCACAUGACUUGAAUGUGCAAAGGAAAGGAGAAAAGAUUGAUAUUUAUAGUGAUAAGCGUGAUGAAGGAUCGAUGGAGGAUUGGGAUCAGGAGACAUUAGAAAAGGUUGUGGCACAGAAGAAUGCGGAGUAUAAACAAAACAAGCCAACCGAGAUUGUGUGUAAGUACUUUUUGGAUGCAGUGGAAAAGAAACAAUAUGGCUGGUUCUGGGUUUGUCCAAAUGGUGGCAAAGAUUGCCACUAUAGGCAUGCUUUACCUCCUGGAUAUGUGCUAAAGUCUCAGAUGAAGGCUUUAUUGGAGGAGGAGACUGAAAAGAUUACGAUUGAAGAGGAGAUAGAAAACCAGCGUGCCAAAGUAACUACUACUACUCCAAUGACUCCUGAGCUGUUCUAUCAAUGGAAAAAGAAAAAGAUGGAAGAAAGAGAUGCUGGUCUUGCUGCAAAGCAGGCUGAAAGAGCGAAAAAUGAUCGAAUGAGUGGCCGUGAGCUAUUCAUGUCAGAUGCCACUUUAUUUGUUGAUGACGAUGAUGCUGAAGCAUAUGAGAGAUACAAAAGAGAAGCUGCUCCCGAAGAACAGGCCAAAAAUGAGGCAGGAACUGGAGGUCCAAGUACCUCAAGCCAUAUGGAUAAGGAUUUUGAAGAAGUGCUUGCAGAGGAGGAAGAUGACGAUGAGCUGGACAUAGACGAGUUGAAUGAGUUAGAAGCAAGCCUUUCCAAGACGUCAAUCCAGAUAAAUGAGCCAGGCAAAUAGGCCUCAUUUUGAGAGGCUUCAAGCUGCCAUUGUCUGGUUUCAAAUUCCUCGUUCACCAGGUGUUUCAUCUGGGUCAGCAUCAGUUGUGGCCUUUGAGAUGAAAGCUUUGUGAAUUACGAGAGUAUGGGCUUAAUUCUUGGGUGAGCUCAUCUGUUUGAUGUGGGUACUGAGGGUUAUUACUACUAUACAAAGAGGUGGAGAGGCAAAGUUUUGCUGCAGCUGUUCUCAUCCUAGGAAAAUAUAUUGAAAGCUAGGGACACUGCUUAGCGUACGAGCAGUUUUAAGCUUCAGUCUUGUUCAGAUCAUGUAUUUGAGCUUUCUUUUGCCCUCAUUGAAUAUGUAUUCAUCAUACUCGUGAACGUAUCAUGCCGUGAAAUUUGUGUUGUCGAUAUUUAUCAAUAAGUGCGGACUUUUGAUGUCUAA